AUGGCCACAAGGGGAGUUGUCCCGAUACGACCGGGUAACAAUGCUGGCCCCUUCGGCAUCUUUCGCACUGCUGUGCUCGGCUUGGCCAAGGCAUUGACGCUCGGCGUGUCUUCGGUCGCCGCCGCUCCCAUUCACGCCAGAGCCCAUCAUGAAGAAGAAGGUCCCGCAGAGGGCGACGACGUCUGGGUCCUCUAUGUUGCCUCUAUGGUCUUGGUUCUCGCCGGAGGCGCCUUUGCUGGUUUGACCAUCGCCCUGAUGGGACAGGAUAGCAUCUACCUCCAGGUUCUCGCCGGCGACCCUGACGAAUCUCAAUCCAAGAACGCCAAGCGCGUCUACAACCUACUCAAGAAGGGAAAGCAUUGGGUUUUGGUCACCCUGCUGUUAUCCAACGUCAUUGUCAACGAAUCGCUGCCCAUUGUCUUGGAUCGCUGUCUUGGUGGAGGUGUUACUGCCGUUGUUGGCAGCACUAUUCUUAUUGUCAUCUUCGGCGAAGUCGUUCCCCAGUCCGUCUGCGUUCGAUACGGUCUCCCCAUCGGUGGCUUCAUGUCCAAGCCCGUUCUCCUGCUCAUGUGGCUCAUGGCCCCCAUUGCGUGGCCCAUCGCGAAGCUUCUCGACUGGGCUCUCGGCGAGGAUCACGGCACCACAUACAAGAAGAGCGGCCUGAAGACACUCGUCACCCUGCAUAAGUCCCUCGGUGACGUCGGCGAGCGUCUGAACCAAGAUGAGGUCACCAUCAUCAGUGCUGUCUUGGACCUCAAGGAGAAAUCUGUCGAGAACGUCAUGACGCCCAUGGACGAUGUCUUUGUCAUGGCCGAGGACACUGUUCUGGACGAGAAGACAAUGGACCGCAUCCUGUCGGAGGGCUACUCCCGAAUUCCCAUCCAUGCCACUGGCAAGCCCACCGAUUUCGUCGGUAUGCUCCUCGUCAAGAUCCUCAUCACCUACGACCCCGAGGACGCCCUCCAGGUCAAGGACUUCCCUCUCGCCACCCUGCCCGAGACCCGCCCCGAGACGAGCUGUCUGGACAUCGUCAACUUCUUCCAGGAGGGCAAGUCGCACAUGGUUCUGGUUUCCGAGUACCCUGGCGCCGACUACGGCGCUCUUGGUGUCGUCACCCUGGAGGAUGUUAUCGAGGAGCUUAUUGGAGAGGAAAUCAUUGACGAGUCUGAUGUCUACAUCGACGUCCACAAGGCUAUCCGUCGCCUGACGCCUGCGCCCAAGGCCAAGCCCAUCAAGCGAGCCUUGGAAGCGUCCCCCCGUGUCAUCCCCGAGAAUGGAGACCUCAUCGAGUUCGACCGAGAGAUUCCCCACGAACGUAACGGCUCCGUCAGUGUCAUGAGCGACGCCCCCCACCUGUCAACGAGUCCCGGAAAGACGACCACCUUCCUUAUGAGGAGAAGCUCUGCUGGUCCCGAUGGUCGCAUGACCUCGACGGCUGUGCCCGUGAAGGCCACUUUCGACGAGGCCAAGCAACACUUGAAGCACCUCGGACCCUCCAACCGCGCAUCGAACCCGAAAAAUACAAAGUCCACCACCGUCAAGAUCAAGCCCGUCCAGACGGGCGCGCCCUUGUCACACGUGCAAAGCCCUCCGCCGGCGUCUGCUGGCCUUCGUCCUGCCUCCGUCGCCGGCGACAUCAGCCAGGAGAGACACGACGAGGGGCACGAGGACGACUCGGAGCAAACCCCGCUCAUUCGACCCAAGCUCACCGGAAAGGGUGGUGUCCACGCCGUUCGUAGGAGUUACGGCGGAGCAGGUAUGAGCGACGCCCAGGCGAGACUCGCCAGCGCCGCUUCUCACCAUGAAGAUGACGUGAAGCCGUCCGAUGAGUUGGAUCUGCCCCCGACUGUGCCUGAGAACGGCAGCAGUCCCGAGGCUAGCCGAAGAAGCGGAAGCCCCGAGGCCACUCGCACGGACUUGACCAUCAUUGUUUCGCCUGGCCGCGGCAGCAACUCUCCCAGCGUCACCAGCGUAAUAGAGGACGGGUCUGCCACUCCCAAGCGUCGACCUCUGGUUCGAAGCGGUAGUAUCAGCGAGAACGUAGUCGAGACCAGUAGUGGCGUGCAGAAGAUCAUCAUCCAGGCUGCUAGUUCCGACUCGGAUGACGCUGGGUCCAAGGGCUCGUCCGGACACCGCUCGCGUACUACCAGCCAGUCCAACAUCCUGUCCAGCCACGACUCUGAGGGUGAAGAGCAGGAAAAUGGCGGCGAAGCGUCAAGUACGGCGCCCAGCACCAACAAUAGCCAACAACCGAGCAAAAAGAAGAACAGGCGCAAGAAGAGGAAGAAUAACAAGUCGUAG